AUGGAAGCUAUUGUGAAGGUAAGAAAAGAAGCCAACGAGGUGAGGAAAAUGGCAAGGAACCAAGAUGUCGCGGCCGAGGAGAGGAGGUUGGCGGCCAAGGAGAGGAGGGUGGCCGCCGAGGAGAGGAAAGUGGCCUUGGAUGAGAGGAAGUUGGCCAUGGAGGAGCGAGCCAAGUUGUUGGAAUGGGAGAAGCACUUGUUCUUCUUGGACACAUCUAAACUCAAUGAGGCGCAAAAGGAGUUUGUCAAUCUUUCCCGUGAAGAAGUGUUGAUCCAAAAAAGAGCCAUGAUCCGCGCAAUGGGUGGCGGUGGCAUUGGCGCAAUGGGUGGCGGUGGUCUUGGCGGCAUGGGUGGCGGUGGCCCUGGCGCCAUGGGUGGCGGUGGCCUUGGCGGCAUGGGUGGCAUGGGUGGCUUCGGAGGUACCAUGGGCGGUUUAGGUGCCAUGGGAGGCAUGGGUGGCUUUGCAGCACCCCACGACGCUAUGGCCGCCAUGGGAGGCAUGAGUUUUGCUUCUCUCAUGGGAGGCAUGGGUGCACCUCCGGCCGCCAUGGGCGGAAUGUCUUUCGAUGUGCCUCCUCACACACAUUCCCAUGAAGAUGCCGUUGAAGAUCUUGCCAACACCGUCGGAGCUUCACGUGAUGCGGUGCGUGAUGAGGAGAGGGAGGAAGAUUCAUCUUCGGAGGCGGAAGAAUCGUCUUCCGAAGAUGAGGACGAAGACAAGAAAGAGGAUUGA